AAAAUUCUUCUGCAUUAUAUAUUUUUUCGAGUAUAUAAACUCUCUUAUACAAAUUUUCCUUCAAGUUUUUCGUUCGUUACUUUUUCACAAAUGUCUUCCUCAAGUAAUAAUAUUGAAGUUCAAAGAGGAUGGAUGUACAGAUGUAUGGAUCCAUAUCUGCCGAAAGUAUAUGUUGCAUAUGAAGUUGGAUUGGAGCAAUUCAUAAAUUUUGCUAGUCAGCAGCUAUAUGAGGGGGGAAGAAUCUGGUGUCCAUGCGUAGUUUGUCAUAAUGGGGAACUUUUUCGCACAAACAUUGUGCAUGGCCAUUUAUAUAACAGAGGAUUUCAACCUAACUACUAUGUUUGGACUGCUCACGGAGAAACGUUUGAGCCUCAAUACCAAUAUCAAGCGGGUGAUGAAAAUUUUGAUAACCAUACUUAUCAAACAACAAAACCUGAAUAGAAUUCUAAUGCAUACAUGGGAGAAUGUAGCUCUGCAUGAGAAAUGUUUAUGCCACAAACAAGUGGGAUGAGUGCUGGAAUUGGUGAACACUCGGGUGAACCUGUUGUACAUGACAAUGCUUGGGAAGUCCCUAACUCUGAGGCUGCAGAUUUUUACAACCGUUUAAACAUGGCAAGUGAACCUCUUUAUGAUAAUUGCGUUGAAGGUUUGUCAAAAUUUUCCUUGGCUGCUGAUGUGAUGCACAUUAAGACAGACCAUAAUCUAGCUGAAACUUGUGUUGAUAAUGUUUCACAUUUGAUUCAUAAGAUUUUACCUAAAGGUAAUGUUGCAUCCAAAAGCUAUUAUGAAACAGAGAAGCUGAUGCGUACAUUGAGUAUGCCUUACCAUAGGAUUGAUGUCUGUAUAAAUAAUUGCAUGAUUUAUUGGGGUGAUCCUGAUGAAAAUUUAAUCAUCUGCAAAUUUUGUGAGCAUCCAAGGUACAAACCAAAGAAGACAUCUAGAAUGGAUUCCUCUACUACAAAACGUAUUCCAUACAAGAGGAUGUUCUAUCUCCCAGUAGCAGAUCGAUUAAAAAGAUUGUAUUUAUCAGAGAGAACAGCAUCGCAUAUGAGUUGGCAUGCAGAACAUACAUGCCAUGAUGGGAAGAUGGAACACCCGUCCGAUGGUAAGGCGUGGAAACAUUUUCAAGACCUUUAUCCUGAGUUUGCAUCUAACAGCAUGAAUGUUUACCUGGGACUUUGUACAGAUGGGUUUAACCCAUUUGGAUCAUCUGGUGGUAAUUAUUCGUUGUGGCCUAUCAUUCUAACUCCAUAUAAUCUCCUGCCAGAUAUGUGUAUGAAAAGAGAAUAUCUAUUUCUUAGUAUUUUAGUGCCAGGGCGAAACCAUCCAAAACGAAGUUUUGAUAUAUUUUUGCGACCAUUGAUUGAAGAAUUGCAGGAACUAUGGGCAUAUGGUGUUGAAGCGUUUGAUCUUUCAACUAAGCAGAAUUUUAAUCUAAAAGCAGUGUUAAUGUGGACGAUAAGUGAUUUUCCAGCAUUGGGUAUGUUAUCAGGAUGGACAACCCAUGUAAGAUUAUCUUGUCCGUAUUGUAUGGAGGACACAGAUGCUUUUCAGUUAAAGCAUGGUCGGAAAUCAAGUUGGUUUGACUGUCACCGGAGAUUUUUGCCAGGAGAUCAUGCUUAUAGACAAAACAGAACAUCUUUUAGAAAGAAUAAGGUCGUCAUGAAGUCAGCACCAUAUAAUCGUUCGGGGGUAGAAAUCUUAGUUCAUCAGUUGGAGGACAUUUAUGGAUUGAAGAAAACAGUGGAAGAUGGUGGAAAUAGUCAUGUAAACGCACAGAUUGAAGGAUAUGGCGAGACGCAUCAGUGGCAUAAGUUUAGUAUUUUCUGGGAGCUGCCUUAUUGGAAGACACAUCUUCUCCGUCAUAACCUUGAUGUUAUGCAUAUUGAGAAAAAAAUUUUUGAUAACGUUAUUAACACGUUGCUAAAUAUCGCAGGCAAAACAAAAGAUUCUGUGAAUUCAUGGAAAGAUCUUGUUCUGUAUUGUGAUAGAAAACCUCUACAUCUAACAUCUUUUGGGAAGGCCCCUGUUCCUAUAUUCCGGUUGACACCAAACGCAAAGCGAGUGUUUCUAAAAUGGCUGAAGGAUGUGGUAAAGUUUCCUGAUGGGUAUGUAUCUAACAUAGGGCGAUGCAUAAACCUUGAGCAAAGGUGCUAAAUAUAUGGUUUGAAAAGUCACGACUGCCACGUGAUUAUGCAAAGGUUAUUUCCCUUUGUUUUCUGUGAACUAUUGCCUUCUGAAGUCCAUGAAGCAAUCUCAGAUGUGGGAUUUUUUUUCCGCGAUCUUUGCUCAAGAAGUCUGAAUAUAAGUGACAUUGAUCGUCUCGAAAAAAAUAUUGCUCAGACUCUUUGCAACCUCGAGAAGAUAUUUCCACCUUCAUUUUUUGAUGUUAUGGAACAUUUGACUGUUCACUUACCUUCAAAAGCUAAGCUUGGUGGACCAGUGCAAUUUUGAUGGAUGUAUCCUUUCAAACGAUUCAUGUUUCACCUCAAGAAGAAAGCGAAUAACAAAGCUAGUGUUGAAGGUUCAAUUGUUGAGCAAUAUAUAAAUGAAGAAAUCACAAAUUUCAGCUUUCACCACUUUGAUUCUACACUGAGCUCCGGGUUAAACAGUACGCAGAAGUCAUAUUUUACUAAAUUUUCUUAG